AUGCAGGUGGAGAGGAAGGAAACAGAAGUACUGGAGGACGUGAAGAAGAAGAGUGACCCGACAGGCUUGCCAUUUUAUAAGCUUUUGAAGUAUGCAGACACGCUCGAUUGGAUUUUAAUGGCUCUAGGGACCAUAGGAUCUGUCGUCCAUGGGAUGGCUCAACCAGUUGGAUAUUUGCUGCUCGGCAAAGCACUCGAUGCUUUCGGAAGUCAUAUCGACAACAAAGAUGGCAUUGUUCAUGCUCUGAAAAAGGUUGUUCCAUAUGUGUGGUACAUGGCCAUUGCAACCUUCCCUGCUGGAAUCCUAGAGAUUGGAUGCUGGCUGUACGCGAGCGAAAGACAAACAGCACGGAUUAGAUUAGAAUUCCUGAGAUCGGUCCUCAGACAGGAGAUUGGAGCUUUUGAUACUGAAUUGUCGAGUGGAAAAGUCAUUGCGGGAAUAAGUACUCACAUGAGCGUAAUCCAGGAUGCUAUCGGAGAGAAGCUGGGGCAUUUCCUUUCAUGCUUCGCCACAUUCUUUUCUGGAGUCUUGAUUGCCUUCAUUUGCAGUUGGGAAGUUUCACUGGUCACCUUGUUUGUAGUUCCCUUGAUUCUACUGAUUGGAGCCACCUACACCAAGAAAAUGAAUGCCAUCUCAGCUGCCAAAAUGAUUUACCUAUCCGAAGCUACUAGUGUUGUGGAACAGACCAUAUCUCAUAUAAAAACGGUCUUUGCAUUUGUCGGAGAGGAUGGCGCCAUCAGGUCAUUCUCAGACUGCAUGGACAAGCAGUCUGUCAUUAGCAGAGGAGAGGCACUGAUUAAGGGAGUUGGAACAGGAAUGUUUCAAGCAGUGACCAACUCCUCUUGGGCACUAAUCAUAUGGAUCGGAGCAAUCGUGGUCACUGCCGGAAGAUCUAGUGGAGGGAACGUCAUAGCAGCAGUCAUGAGCAUCCUCUUUGGAGCUAUCUCAAUCACUUAUGCUGCCCCAGACAUGCAAGUAUUUAACCAAGCAAAAGCAGCAGGAAAUGAAGUUUUCAAAGUGAUCCGGAGACAACCAACUAUUAGCAACGCUGCAGGGGUCGUAUUGAAGGAAAUCGAGGGAAACAUUGACAUAAGGAACAUUCACUUUGCUUACCCAUCCCGAGAAGAUAAGGUGAUUCUUCAAGGUUUUACGCUGUCAAUUCCAGCAGGAAAGACGGUGGCGUUAGUUGGUAGCAGUGGGUGUGGAAGCACAGUCAUAUCCCUAGUUGCAAGAUUCUACGAUCCAUCAAAAGGGGUCAUUCUCAUAGAUAACCAUAACAUCAAGGAUCUUGAUUUGAAGUGCCUCCGCCAAAAUAUUGGAGCAGUUUCCCAAGAACCAUCACUGUUUGCAGGCACUAUCAAGGACAACCUUAAAGUAGGAAAUUUGGAUGCAGAUGACCAACAAAUAGAGAAUGCAGCAAUGAUGGCAAAUGCACAUAAUUUCAUUUCACAGCUUCCAGAUAAGUACUCGACAGAGGUGGGGCAGAGGGGCUUCCAGCUGUCAGGGGGACAAAAACAAAGAAUUGCAAUAGCCAGAGCUGUUCUCAAGAAUCCUCCAAUACUUCUGCUCGAUGAGGCUACAAGUGCUCUUGAUUCGCAAUCUGAGAAGCUGGUUCAAGAGGCAUUGGAGAAGGCCAUGCAGGGAAGAACAGUGAUCUUGAUUGCGCACAGAUUGUCAACCAUCGUUAAUGCAGAUGAAAUUGCAGUCGUAGAGAAUGGACAGGUUAGGGAGACAGGAACGCACAGCACCCUAUUGGAUACCAGCGAAUUUUACAACAGCUUAUUCAACAUGCAAAACAUCAGUGUUGUUCGUGAUGAAAGAACUGAUAUAUCUUCGCAAGAUUAUGAAAUUGACCAACCCCAUGGCUCACCUAAAAGCAGAGUUUUAAGUGAAAAAGGCACAGAGAUAGAAGAAAGCCUCAGAGAAGAUCCUGAGCAAGAGGAGCACAAGAAAAGAUUAGAAGCAGUCCACUUCUUUAGAAUCUGGUUUGGGUUGAGGAGGACGGAACUUGUCAAGAUAGCCAUCGGCUCCAUUGCAGCCGGUUUCUCUGGAAUCUCAAAGCCUGUUUUUGGGUUCUUCAUCAUAACAAUAGGUGUAGCAUAUUACCAUAAACAUGCAAAGCGGGAAGUUGGAUGGUACUCGAUCGCAUUCUCCCUAAUAGGGUUGCUAUCAUUAGUCUCUCACAUCUUGCAGCAUUACUACUUUGGUGUGGUCGGUGAGAAGGCCAUGACAAACCUUAGAAAAGCUCUCUUUUCAGGUGUCCUGCGCAAUGAAUUCACUUGGUUUGAGAAACCUGAGAACAGCAUUGGGAUGGUUACUUCGCGAAUCAUCAAUGAUACAUCCAUGGUGAAAGUGAUAAUUUCUGAUCGCAUGUCGGUCAUUGUCCAAUGCAUCGCUUCUAUACUGAUUGCUACAGUAGUUAGCAUGAUUGUAAACUGGAGGAUGGGUCUAGUGACUUGGGCUGUGAUGCCUUGCCACUUAAUUGGCGGGCUCAUUCAAGCCAAGUCAGCCAAAGGAUUUGCCGGUGACUCUUCUGCAGCAUAUGGCAAAGUCGUUUCCCUAACUUCUGAGUCGGCAACAAACAUAAGAACUGUAGCAUCUUUUUGCUAUGAAGAGCAAAUUCUGAGGAAAGCCAAGUUAACGUUGGAAGUCCCAAUGAAAGAAAGCAGAAGAACCAGUAUCAAGUAUGGAAUAAUCCAAGGAUUCUCUCUGUGCUUAUGGAACAUUGCACAUGCAAUCGCGUUGUGGUACACCGCGGUCUUGGUCGAUAGAGGCCAAGCCACAUUUGAAAACGGCAUAAGAUCGUACCAAUUUUCUCUCACGGUACCUUCUAUUACAGAGCUGUGGACGCUGAUCCCCACCGUUUUAUCGGCCAUGAGCAUACUCACUCCUGCAUUCCAGACCCUUGACCGAAAAACUGAAAUCGAACCAGAUGCGCUGGAAAAUACACAUCACGGGAGGAUCAAAGGAACUGCUGAGUUCCAGAACGUCAAAUUCAAGUACCCAUCACGACCAGAAGUUACCGUUCUCAAGAACUUCACGUUGAAAAUUGAAGCUGGGACGAAGGUGGGUCUUGUCGGGCCAAGUGGUGCCGGAAAGUCCUCUAUUCUGGCCCUUCUGCUGAGGUUCUACGAUCCUAUCGAAGGAAAGGUGCUCAUUGAUGGGAAGGACAUAAAGGAAUACAACCUGAGAUGGUUGAGGACGCAAAUAGGAUUUGUGCAGCAAGAGCCCAUCCUCUUUAGCUCCUCCAUCAGAGAGAACAUCUGUUACGGAUAUUGCGGGGCUUUGGAAGCUGAAAUAAUGGAGGCGACGAGGCAAGCCAACAUACACGAAUUCAUCAGCAGUUUGCCCGAUGGCUACGACACUCUAGUCGGGGAGAAGGGCUGCCAACUUUCUGGGGGACAAAAGCAAAGAAUAGCCAUAGCAAGAACACUGCUGAAGAAGCCGGCAAUGCUGCUCCUGGACGAAGCCACAAGCGCCCUCGAUGCUGAAUCCGAAAGGAGUAUCGUGAGUGCUCUGGAGGCGGCAAACGAGUCCAAUAACUGUGGCCUCUUCUCCCGGACCACCGUAAUUACGGUAGCACAUCGGCUCUCCACCAUAGUCAAAUCAGACAGCAUCAUUGUCAUGGAGAAAGGCGAGAUCGUGGAGAUCGGUCCCCAUUCGACCCUGAUCAGAUCAGGCAGUGGAGUGUAUUCUCGACUGUAUAGGCUCCAGAGCUUGAAACAAUGA